AGGCGUGCCUCGCAUAUGAGAACCAGCCCGAAAAUAAACAGGUCGCGCGCAAUGUCACACACAGAUGCCUUUAAAGUAUAUCUCAAUGUAUAUAUAUGUUUGUGUAAUCUUGCAAAGAGAGCGAAUGAGACAACGCGAUAUGAUGAAAAGUAUUGACGGAGAAGAAAGAAAGAGAUAGAAUAUACAAAUGCAAGGAAAUGCGAGCUUUGCAUGCUUAACUUCUUGAGUGAAGCUUCUUUCUACACGAAUGUUUUCUCUUAAAACAUCCGAUGGUAAUGUAUCGGAUGAAAAAUGACUGAAUAUUUGCAUGUACGCGUGCUGAGAUCAUAUUAUAUAGAAAAUUAAUGAGUCUUCUUAAAGCAUUACAGAUGGCUAUGUAGAUUUCUGUACUUUAAAAAUAUUUUCAGAAAUAUUUAAUUUUUUUAAAAUUAAUCGUAAUAAUUUUUCAGAUUUCAAAUUUAAUGUUAGCAAUGGAAUAUAUUAUAUGAAACUCACCCAUUCUAUCCAUUUACAGUUUAGCAUUCAAUAUUUAUAAUAUCGAUACAAUCCUAUUAUAUUGCGAAUAAUGUUCGUAACAUAGCUGCGUGAGCAGAAAAUGAACAGACAAUCAAACUCGAAAUGUAGGUGACACUUUAAUUCUAUGUUAAACAAAUCGACUGUGACACUCACAAAAUAAUUUGAUUAUUUUACGAAUCUAUCUUCACAAGAUUACUUCUUAGUAAUCUCGAAAACAAUUUUCUGCAGCAAUUUAUCGAGUAGAUCGAGUAUCAUUUUUACCGAUCGAUAUAAUCGUUCGAUAUUUAUAUUAUAGUAUGGCGCGUUUCCGUGCGGUUUAAAAUUCGUAAAAAGAAUGUGACGUUUGACCGCACUUAACUAAGGAAGAUCAGUGAGGGCAAAAGUGUGCAGGAAGGUUAAUUCGCUUUAAAUUAAAGUGAAUUUCCCUUCACCCCGAUGAAACCUCAAUGAAGAAAGAAACAGAAAGGGUCGUGACGAUUUCUAGCUAGCACCUAACCUCAAUCUCAUGAAUUCUUUUGUUAAUUCAUGUACAACAAGGUAUAUAUGAAUUUUAUACGGAAAUGACGAAAUUAUUAACUAUUUUUCCAAUAAUUAUCGAUAAUUCGGGAAUAAAAGCAAACAAUGUACAUAGUUCUAUAUAAUUUUAAUGUGCGAAUAUCAAUGUAUUAUAAAUAAAGAAAGGUUAUUCAUAAUGAAAAAGGAUAACUAUACGAGUAUUGCUUUUGCGAGAACGUAAUAGAUAGAGUGAGAGUGUAUGAUAUGUCAUAAGAAGGGGAAAGAAUUACGUAUUAUAAUUAUAGAGUGAGUGAGUGAAAGGAACUUGUAUCGGUCGUUCAAAGUGGAGGGGCAUGAUUGUGAUGAGUCGGGGUGCCUUCGUAUCGCUUGUAAACUCGUACUCGUACUACGUGUAGUAUGAAAAGAAGCUUCGUGCCGUGACGUCAGCACAGUAUUUCGGUACAGUUGCAUGAAACAUCGUUACGAAAUUGUGUUCGCAUAUAAUUUAUUCUAAUCCGACGAAAGUGAACGUGUUCGAGUUCAGUUCAGGUGUGCUUGCGAUUGAAUAUUAGUGUAUAUCGUAUAUAAUCGCAGGAUUCAUUUGAUCAUCGCAAGUGUAGCGCGUGCAGCAGGUAGUCGGAACAUCGACCGACAGCCAUCAUUGUUGUCAAGAUGGCGUCGAAAGGAAAGCUAGCAACCGAGCAUGGCCGCUCAGACUCGUACAGGGUCGCAACGUUACCAAAAAUUCGCGACGACAACAAAACGGCCGAUGGGAUGUACAAGUCGCGGCGGAAGAAUCCAAAGCGGAGGACGGACAAUUUAGAGGACCUGAAACAGGAGUUGGACAUUGACUUCCACAAAAUUACACCCGAGGAACUGUAUCAAAGGUUUCAGACGCACCCCGAAAACGGCCUCAGCCACGCGAAGGCGAAAGAGAACCUGGAGAGGGACGGUCCAAACUCGCUGACGCCACCGAAACAAACGCCGGAGUGGGUGAAAUUCUGUAAAAAUCUGUUCGGCGGUUUCGCGUUGCUGCUGUGGAUCGGCGCGAUCCUCUGCUUCAUCGCGUACUCGAUCCAAGCGUCGACGAGCGAGGAUCCGAACGACGACAAUCUGUACCUGGGCAUCGUGUUGGCGGCGGUCGUGAUAGUGACGGGUAUAUUCUCGUAUUACCAGGAGAGCAAGUCGAGCAAGAUCAUGGAAUCGUUCAAGAACAUGGUACCCCAAAUCGCGAUCGUGAUCAGGGAAGGCGAGAAACUGACGUUGAAGGCAGAGGAGUUGGUGCUCGGGGACGUGGUCGAGGUAAAAUUCGGGGAUCGUAUACCGGCCGACAUCCGCAUCAUCGAGUCAAGGGGAUUCAAAGUGGACAACAGCUCGUUAACGGGCGAAUCCGAGCCCCAAUCGAGAUCCCCGGAGUUCACGAACGAGAACCCGCUGGAGACGAAGAACCUCGCCUUCUUCUCGACCAACGCCGUCGAAGGCACCGCGAAGGGGGUGGUGAUCUGCUGUGGCGAUCAGACAGUGAUGGGAAGGAUUGCCGGCCUGGCAUCCGGCCUUGAUACUGGUGAAACGCCGAUCGCUAAGGAGAUUCAUCAUUUCAUCCACCUGAUCACGGGGGUAGCCGUAUUCCUCGGUGUAACCUUCUUCAUAAUAGCCUUCAUUCUCGGUUAUCACUGGCUCGACGCUGUCAUCUUCCUGAUCGGUAUCAUCGUCGCCAACGUGCCGGAGGGUUUGCUGGCCACCGUCACCGUGUGCCUCACGCUCACCGCCAAACGGAUGGCGUCCAAGAAUUGCCUGGUGAAGAACCUCGAGGCGGUGGAGACGUUGGGCUCGACCUCGACCAUCUGCUCGGACAAGACGGGCACCCUCACCCAGAAUCGUAUGACCGUUGCCCACAUGUGGUUCGACAACCAGAUCAUCGAGGCCGACACCACCGAGGAUCAAUCCGGACUGCAAUACGAUCGCACGAGCCCCGGCUUCAAGGCGCUGGCCAAGAUCGCCACGCUGUGCAACCGUGCCGAGUUCAAGGCCGGCCAGGAGGACAAGCCGAUCCUGAAGAGGGAGGUGAACGGCGACGCGUCCGAGGCGGCCCUGUUGAAGUGCAUGGAGCUCGCGCUGGGCGACGUGAUGGGCAUAAGGAAGCGGAACAAGAAAGUGUGCGAGAUACCGUUCAACUCGACCAACAAGUACCAGGUCUCGAUCCACGAGUCGGACAAUCCGGACGACCCCAGGCACCUGCUCGUGAUGAAGGGAGCGCCGGAGAGGAUUCUCGACCGCUGCUCCACCAUAUUCAUCGGCGGGAAGGAGAAGGUGCUCGACGAGGAGAUGAAGGAGGCGUUCAACAACGCUUACCUCGAGCUCGGCGGCCUUGGUGAACGCGUGCUCGGUUUCUGCGACUACAUACUGCCGUCCGACAAAUUCCCGAUCGGCUUCAAGUUCAACUGCGACGACCCGAACUUCCCGGUAGACGGACUCCGCUUUGUGGGCCUCAUGUCUAUGAUCGACCCGCCCAGGGCUGCGGUGCCCGACGCGGUCGCCAAGUGCCGUUCAGCCGGCAUCAAGGUCAUCAUGGUAACCGGUGACCAUCCGAUCACUGCCAAAGCCAUUGCCAAAUCGGUCGGCAUCAUCUCCGAAGGUAACGAGACCGUCGAGGACAUUGCUCAACGGUUGAAUAUCCCCGUAUCCGAAGUCAAUCCUCGCGAGGCCAAAGCCGCCGUCAUCCACGGAACCGAACUCAGGGAACUGAACUCCGACCAACUGGACGAGAUCCUCAGGUACCACACCGAAAUUGUGUUCGCCCGUACCUCGCCUCAGCAGAAGCUCAUCAUCGUCGAAGGCUGCCAGCGAAUGGGCGCUAUCGUCGCUGUGACCGGCGACGGCGUGAACGACUCCCCCGCGUUGAAGAAGGCAGACAUAGGCGUGGCAAUGGGUAUCGCUGGCUCCGACGUGUCCAAGCAGGCGGCCGACAUGAUUCUUCUCGACGACAACUUCGCCUCGAUCGUGACCGGUGUCGAGGAGGGCCGGUUGAUCUUCGACAACCUGAAGAAAUCCAUCGCGUACACCCUCACCUCGAACAUACCCGAGAUCUCACCCUUCCUGGCGUUCAUCCUUUGCGACAUCCCUCUGCCCCUCGGCACCGUCACCAUUCUCUGCAUCGAUCUGGGAACGGACAUGGUGCCGGCUAUUUCGUUGGCGUACGAGCAUGCCGAGUCGGAUAUAAUGAAGAGAAGGCCUCGUGAUCCGUACCGUGACAACCUCGUCAACGAAAGGCUUAUUUCAAUGGCGUAUGGUCAGAUCGGUAUGAUCCAGGCGGCCGCCGGUUUCUUCGUCUACUUCGUGAUCAUGGCUGAGAACGGAUUCCUGCCGCUGCAUCUUUUCGGCAUUCGAAAACAAUGGGACUCCAAGGCGAUCAAUGAUCUUCGUGACAGCUAUGGCCAGGAAUGGACGUACAGGGAUCGUAAAACGCUUGAAUUCACCUGCCACACAGCCUUCUUCGUUUCGAUCGUUAUCGUUCAAUGGGCCGAUUUGAUCGUAUGUAAGACGCGACGUAAUUCCAUCAUCCACCAAGGAAUGAGAAACUGGGCCCUCAACUUCGGUUUAAUAUUCGAGACCGCCCUCGCCGCGUUCCUAAGCUACACACCCGGCAUGGACAAGGGUCUCCGCAUGUUCCCUCUCAAAUUCGUCUGGUGGUUGCCCGCCCUCCCCUUCAUGUUCGCCAUCUUCAUCUACGACGAGACGAGACGAUUCUACCUCCGCCGGAAUCCAGGAGGCUGGCUCGAGCAAGAAACUUACUAUUAGACGCGAAGGAAAAUUUAAUCAUACACGCAGAGCGCGCGCGCAAGAGUUACAAGAGCGAGAGAUGCAGAGAGAAUGAUGAGAGAAAGAGAGAGUGAAAUAUGCAUAUUACCCACGCAGAUAUACACCGAGAAACUAAGUAAAAGAAAAAAAAACGAGAUAAAACUUAAAAAAAGAAAAAAAAAAAGAUACAACCAAACAAUGGAUAAAAAAAAAAAAAGAAAACGUUAAAAAAUCGUUCACGUUAUACAUACAUACAUACACAAAGACACACACACACACACAUAUUUUAUCAUGGGGCGUGCUAUUCGGGUUUAACUGUCGCGAAAUAACGAGAUAUAUUCAGAUGGGGACAAUUCGCAUCAGCCGAGCCGAAUCGUCGAACGAAAUCAUCGCCAUAAUAAUUACAGUAUAGAGUGCAGUUGUUUCACGAAGAAAUUAAAAAAAUAAAAAAAUAAAAAAAUAAAUGCUUCGCGUGGGAGUAGAAGAAGUGGCUUUACGAGCACUCUCGUUACACAUGGUGUGUGAAGUACAAAAAAAGAAAAACGAAAUAUAAAAUGAAAAAAAAAAUAAAUAAAUAAAUAAAUAAAUAAAAUAGGAGGAGAGACGAGAAAAUGACGUGUAUGAGAGAGAACAAAAAAAACGUUCGUCGUUCUGGCUCUGCGAGUUGCUUGCACGCGCGUGCCGGUGUAUCAUUAAACAGAGAUUGUCGUUCGAGAAACAUCGAAGGGAUCGACGAAGAGAAAAAAAGGGUUCUACGAGCAACGUCGUCGGGAAGACUUGGAGCUUCCGGGUACACACACGUUUGAUACGAUUCACGAGGGUUGUAGGGGUUGGUGCUGCCAUUGGAUUAUCGGCGAUCGAACGAAUAAGGGGAAAAAAAAAAGAUGUCUGUAGUAGGGCCUAAGCAUGAGUAUCAAAAGAGAAAAAAGAAAUAUGGCGUAGGACGGUGAUCAAAUGAAGAAGAUGAGCUAACUGGUGAAAGGAAAGUACAAGUAUUGGCAGAGGACACCCGUGUAUCUUUUUGGAAAUCGAGGGAUUACAAAGAGUGGCGACAAAUCGUCGGAUAACGCGCACGUCCGUAUGAACGUCGACGGGUGUACGACAUGGAUGAACCUUUUAGAGAAAAAAAAAAAAAAAGCGGAUAAUUAGCAUCGUGGAGCAUUCCGUAGACGUCUUGUGAUAUCAGAAAAAAAAAAAUAUUCAUAUAGGCAUCCCGUUAAGUAAAGGAGCAAAGAUCACUGCGCUAGAUUGGCACGCCCUUGUUAAGAGUUUAAAAAAAAAAAAAUUAAAAAAUGCAAUGUAGUCACGGUAUAAAAAAAAAUAAUAAUAAAUAAAUAAAUAAGAGCGGUAUUAUAAAUGUUACACUGAUGCAGAAGUUUAAAAAUCAAUAACGAGAAUAUCAUUCGCAAUCGACAUACAUGAAAGAAACGUAUUUACAUAUAGACGUCUCGUGACACCUACAUUCUUAAAUAGAAACUUCUUAAUUGUUAAUUAAAGAAAAAAAAUAAAUAAAAUGAGAAAAUCAGUACGCUAGAUUGGCACGCCACUAGAAGUUAUUCAUAUAACGCGCCAGGGAGAGAGGAAAAAGAGAGAAAAAAAAAAUAAAUAAAUAAGAAAAAAGGAACAGCAUAAGAAAAAUAAGUAUACAAAAGUAAUGAAAACGCGCGUUCAGUACUCGUUAUUAUUCUUAUUACAAGUAAUGUCAUUCGGUUCGAAUCUUUAAAAUCAAAUCUGAAUAGCUAUCGAGAUGAGAAAUCGCAUCGUAUAAUAAAUAUUUUAGUAGUUUGUGAAUCUCUAUGCGAGAAUCGUUACGCGAAGAAAGAACAAACCAGGAAGGAACUGUAAAGAAAAGAACGAGCCCGAAAAAAUUAUUAGAUUUCGCGGAGGCGAACACGGGGAAUAAAGGCAAACAGACAGUACCUAUCAAUUGAAUCACUACCAAGAAAGAAUACAAAGGAAACUAGGUAAACAAGAAGAGGACAGAAAUAGUAGGAAUAAAGAAGAUAUAUACGUUAUUUAAGUUGCGCGCCACAAAAUGGUAAAGCGGCGGUCACAGUUUUGGUAAUCGUUGAAUUAGAUGAACUGCGUGCCACAAUACUAUUGACAAAACUGGAUAAAUGAAGUUAUUGAUUGAAAAAGAAAAACGGGAAGUAAAUAGACAUUAUAAGAGCGAAAAUUUAAAAUAGCUACGCCGCUCCGGGGCCUUGUAGUAUCCUUGUGAGUGAGGGCGCUACGAUAGUCGAGAUAACAGGAUAUUAAAAAUGCUAGUAGAGGAACGACAUAGGAGAAGCACAGAAGAGUGAAAAUGAGAAAUAAGUCAUACAAAUGGAAAAAAAAAACAUUCUUACUUAGGCGAAACUAAAGGUAAAGAAAAAAAGAUAUAAAUUCAUUCUCUUAGUUUCUUCAUAGGUUUAAAAACGCCAGCGGGACAGCUCGCUAUAAAUCAUAUUGACCCCCGAACGCAGGACGCCCUGUACCACCAACCAGUGGUCUGUCGUGUGUAUGUGUGUGACAGUAUCGAAACAACGCCCUUUGGAAUUUUUUUAGGAGCAACAACAAACCACCAACAACAACACAAAAAAAAAAUGUAAAACAAAAAAACGAUAAACGAAGGUGACUUAAAAUACCUGCCACGCGACUUUUCGGGCCGGGACGAUCCGAGACGUGCGAUCAUGUCAGGGCUUGUUUCGAGUUUCUUAAAUGUGAAAAAACAAACGCAUACAAAAAAAUCUGUUUUCGUUUCUCUUUGCUUACGUCAAUUUUAAUCCUUGUUGCUCGCUUUCGUGAUUUUUCGGUGUGUACAUGCGCGCAUGCGCUGGCAACGUCGGUGAAGAGGGCGCUUCGUUUUAAGCGGAAAACCGGGGCGGAGCGUAGGUAAUGACAAACUCGUUGUCAAAGUUUAUCAUCGCCAUGGUUCCGACGAUAUUGGAAAUCAACGAACAGCCUCGAUGGGUACUCCACGUUCUCUGGUUCCACUGUUCCGCACGAAUCAAGACGAAUGGACCGGUCGAGGAUUCAGGUAGACAAAGGGUGACGCUCACUCGGCGGCCCUGGCCCCAAAACUACCCUAAGUGUUCAAUAAUCGAGGUGUUCUCGAGGUGCCGUACACGCGUAACACGUUCUUCACUCGCCAAUUCCAUUGAAUUUCGAUUUAUUCACGAAUAUAAAAAAUUAUAUUCCAGGGGUUACUGUUUUCCUCCAGCCCUUCCGAUGAUUUUUCUCUGUUGUGCGCGCGAAAGGCUGGUCGAAUCAUUCGAACCCAUUUAUAAACAUAAAUAACGUUGAAAUAUGAAUUUAAUCGAGAAAUUCGAUGGAACAGGUGAAGCUUUAUCGUUUUUGAGACACAUGGAUCGUCAAUUCGAAUCCAACCGACAACUUUUUAAAAGGAAAAAGAAAGAAAAAGUGAGGGAGAGAAACGGAAAGAGGGCAGCAGUGUACCGUUGCGUUGCUCGUCGAACUCGGACUUGAAUUAGACCCCCAAUAAAAAUUAAACAAAAUGAUAAUAUUUAAAAAAAACGUCCCUAAUUUUCUUCUUCUAGCAAGCGGAAGAAGAAGACAGAUCAGUUGAAAAAAAAAAAAAUCAAUCAUCAGUGCUAGCUGUUGGAAAACAAAGAGCUGUUCAAUAUUACGCCAGUUAAUUACGUUGUCAUAAUGUUUCUUGGUUUCGCGUUGCGGGAUAGUGUAUACCGAUAGCUCCGUGUGUGUGUUAUUAGAAAAAUCGAUCAUUCCUGUCACAACGAAAUCGAACCAAAAUGAAAAAAAAAAAAAAAAAAAAAAUAGAUUGCCUUCGACGGAUCCCCGUGUUUCAAAAUAGGACGCGAAUAAAAGAAGAGAAAUAUGAUCUAAGAAAAAGAAGAUAUGCUGAUAGAAAAGUGAUAGGAAGGUAUAAAUAUAACGAGAGGGGGGGAUGAUGCAUUGGCCCAUUUGUUUCUAUAAAAUCGCUCCCGAGUUAGAUGCUGGAUCGAACGAUCCGUGGUUUGUCGACAGGGUGUUCCGUGCCCGGGGGGCGUAGGAGCCCAAAAAAUGCUUUGCCGUCGUGCGCCUCUUUACUUUAGGCUAAUAAUUUAAACAUUAAUAAUAUAAUAAUAAUAAUUAUAAUAUAAUACAUGUUACAAUAAGAUAUUAUUAGAUGUAAUUAUUAUAUAUGGUUUAGUCUAGAUCGUGUUGUUGAAGAAAAAAACAAAGUACGUAUAAGCGAACAAAAAAAAAAGAGAACAAAGAUGAAGAUAUGAAGAGUAUAACGACGACGACGAGAGUAAGGAGAGAGAGAAAGAGAGAGCGCGAGAGCGAGAGAGAGAAAAUAGAAAAUCGAGGAAAAGUGACGAUGAGAGGAAAAAUUCGGUCUAAGACCACAAUAUCUUGCGGCGGACUGAGCGGGACACAAAUGAGAGAAUCCGCUUUUGCUUCGUUCUGUACGCGUGAUACAUCGUUUUUUUUUUCUUUUUUUUCUUUCGAAACCGUGUCAUAUUUAGGCAUAUGUACAUCUUUAGUGAUCCUUUUCGUGCGAAACCGCGUUUUUUUCCCUUAUCUAAUUUUCGUUACGUUUCCGGUUACGCGGAUAGAUUUGCGGCCAUAUUGUAUUUCUUCAUUUCGGCGACGUCAUCGUUUUUUUUUUCCUCUCUUUUACUAAAUCCGCGGAUUCUUAGGAAAAGACAAUCCUCGGCACACAAAGUCGCAAAUCUUUUCGUGUUCUGCAAACGGGUAACUUCGAUCAAUGUCAGAAAUAAUGCAAUUGUCGCAAAAUUGUUUUUCGCGUGAAUCGGCGUAAAAGAGCGGGAGAAAAAGAAACGCGUGAAUGUGGGCGAGAGAACGUGUGUUUUUAAUAUAACGGAUUCUUCGCUUUUCUGUUGCCGUGAUCGAACAAUACAAUUGGCGGUGAAACAUUCGAAUCAAAACUAAAAAUCUGAAAAUAAGAGAAACGAAUUAAAAGAAGAGAUAAAAAAAGUGCAUAAAAUAAUAACAAAGAACAGUGUCACGAGAAUUCUGUGAAACGUCGCCCCUGCACAGCCCGCCACAUCACGACAGAAUCAUUGAAUGAUUAAAAUAUAAACAAAAAAAAAAUGAAUGAUGUUUUAUUAAUAUUGUACAUAUUUUAAAUAAUUGCAGACGGACAAAUGGAUCGCGCAUGAACGAUGACCCACAAGAAGAUGGUCAGUUUAAACGGGACCAUCUUUUGCGUGCGGGUCUCGUACUCUUUUUCUGUUUUUCGUUUUAGCGCCGCAUAUGAUACACAUUCACACACAUACACACCACACAUGCCGUGAGACACAUGCGACAUAGAGAGAAAUAUACACACGUACACGCUCAGAGAUAAAUGAAAAAAAUUGUACACCGCUCUACCAAACUAUCUCUUCUGAUUGACGAUUCCUUUCAUAUUGAUUAUUCUGUAAGUUCUGUUUUCACACGUGAAUUAUAUUAAGGAAGAAACGAGAGACAUUGUCCAACCCAAGUGUCAUUACUUUUGAUGUUAAAUAAAAAAUACAUAAUUAAUAAAGCA